AUGGAAUAUAUAACUAUAGAAUAUUAUCAUGCUGGUACUUCUUAUUUAUUACCAGAAGCUAUUGAGAAAAUUAUUCAAUCUCGAGGGACAAAAAGACAUGCUGAAGGUAUACCCUUGCGCAAACAGCAACUAAUACAUAGUGUUGUUUCUUCUGAGAUAAUGUCUGAAAAUAAUACUUCGGAUAGAAAGUCAAAGAAAAGAAAACCAGGAUCCAGCUCUAGAUCUGUUCAAGUAUCUGAUUCAGUCAAUAUUAUUAGGAUGGAGGCUAGCUUUUUAGCUAAUAAAGUUGGUAUAACUGAUAUUCUGAUAAAAAAAGUAGAUGAAAUGAAUGACUUACAAGUUAAGCUUGCACAAAAUCAUAAAGAAAGGGAAGAAGCUAAAUGUGAGACGAAAAGAAUCUUAGAUUCCAACUAA